CAUGGACAAGAACAUUCUUGUAACAGUAAUAAAUCAAUCACAGUGAGGGAGAAUCUAAUAUGUUUGAAGUGACAAAGGUGGCGUUGAAUAAGACUCUGGUGGACAUUCAAAACGCAAAUAAAGGAUUUGAAAGGCGAGCCACACAUCUACUCUAGUAGCCAUGACCACAAGGCUCAUUAGUUCGAUUCCGCUGAGGAUGAAAUAAUGUUAAAACACUCGGAGAUGAGGACGCAAAUUACCAAACACCUAGCCAACCGAUUGGCAUAAAUACAUUCAUACAUGGACAUAAACCAGGCAAAUUGUUUCAAGUGGACAUUUAGUGGUUUCAACCUGUCCAUCUACAUAUCGCUCGAUUGGUCCUGGAGGGGCUUUAAUGUCAUUGGAUUUGUGAGACCAAUCCUUGCCAGCAGCGAUUUUGAGGCCCCACCAAAUGGCGUCAUCUUUCAUCUUGACUUUGAAUUUCUAGACCUUGUGAUGAACUGCUUGCUAUGGCUUCACACGCACAAAAAGUGGAUAUGUGCGUAUGUAUAUCCGUAUUAACAUGGUCUGGAGACAUGUUGAACAUGUCUACUCCAUCCAUCCAGCGUUUGGAUGGUUGUGGUCGGCAACUAAGGAAGUUGUCAUCAAAGUGUGGUCAAAAGGAUCAUCAUGUUCGAGCAAUUCGAGAAUCGUGAUAGUUCACUUCGGAUUAUGGGUGCGAGCGAUCAAAUGACGGGGAAAAUGGGCCUGGGCAAUUAAAGGCCUAUUUCAUUCAUCCCCACCUAAGAAGUCCCUAGUUGACGACAUCGGAGCUCAGUCUCUUGAGCGGGUAAUUGCGCUCAGAAACAAUGCCCUGACUGAUGGCUUGCAUCGUCAGCUUGUUUAAUCAACUUUGGACAUCUCAAGUGGCAAACACAGAUAUUAGAUCUUGAAUUUCCACCUCCGAGCUGUGCCGAGUCCGUCCCAAAGACAACUAGUGACGGAGUGUGAGGCUCGUCCACCCUGGACAUGCAAUCCAGGGUACUGUCUGUGCUCGGAAUAUACGUGGAACGAAGGUACCUCGGUAUGGACGUACGUACAUACGUCCGUUCGUACUGCAUGAUCGAGAUCGCGAGUGACGGAUGACGCUUUUCUUGCGUCAAGCAUUCUCGGUCAGUAUCAGAUGUGCUCAAGUAUAAAUACGAGCAACACAUCCGGAGAAGGCAACAGUUCUCGUUUUCAAUUGGAUUCAAAAACAUCCUUGCUUCACUUGUUAAUCAUGCGUGCUUAUCAGUUGGUGAUCUUCGGCUCGGUCCUCAUGGCCGCUUCCGCCGCAGGCAGUGCUUUGCCCGUGGCCGCCGACGAUACCGUCGCCAUUGUGCCUGACCUCGUGCCGGAGGCUAGUCAAGUUCACUACGGUUACGCCCGCCAUUACGACUAUGAUCACGAUCAUAAGCAUGCUCCGGCCCAUGGCCACGCCCUGGGCUACAAACACGAGAAGCAUUACGGAUACGAGCACCAUGGUAAUCACGGACAUGGUCACGCCUACAAGCAUGGUUAUGAACACGCCUACCAACCCCAUCAUGAACAUGGCUACAAACAUGAGCAUGGCUAUAAACAUGAGCACGGUUACGAACAUGAGCACGGCUAUGAGCACGAGCACGGCUACAAGCACGAACACGGUUACAAGCACGAACAUGGCUACGAACACAAGCCCGUUCAUCAUGUGGCCGAUGUCCAUGAUCCCCACCACCAUGGCUAUGUCCCAGUGCACGAACCUCACCACCAUGACCACGGCAAAGGAUACGCUGUGGGACACGAUGCCGUGGGCACCUUCAACCAUCACACCGGGCCUUUCGGUCCCUUCGGAUUCUACGCCAAUUUCUACCACGAUCUGUAGACGAGAACUGAUCACAUCUCGCUGCUUGUGAUACACGGAGAGACGACUCAUUGGAUGGCUUCUCCUGUCAAAACCAAUUUUUUGGCAUUAACACCAUGUAACAUCCCCAAUCCACAACAGUCAAGUCAAACUAAGCCCUAUGAAAAGUAUUAUAUUUAUACACCUCAAACGGUUAACUUGCGUGCAAUAUUUACGGACAAUAAAGCAUCUACCCAUAA